ACAAUCGGCUGGGCGAGGCGGCGCCGGCGAUCAGAGCAGCGCUGGGUGUUCAGGGGCCAAGAUGGCGGCGCGCCGGGGACGGAGAGACCGAGUCGCGCCGCCUCCGACUGGGGGCCCGGGUCCUGACCCUGGCGGUGGAGUUCGCGGCGGCGGUUGGGCGAGUCGGAGCCCAGCGCCGUAUGGCACCGUGGGCGCCGUGAGCGCGGCGGAGCAGGUCCAUGAGGAGGGGGAUGACUCUAGCUUUGUCAAUCUUUCUCGACUGGGCCCAUCCUUGAGGGAUAAAGACCUGGAAAUGGAGGAGCUGAUAAUGCAGGAUGAGGCACUACUAGGGACCAUGCAGAGCUACAUGGAUGCUUCCCUCAUCUCCCUCAUUGAGGAUUUUGGGAGUCUUGGAGAGAGCAGGUUAUCAAUGGAGGACCAGAAUGAAAUGUCGCUGCUCACAGCUCUGACAGAGAUCUUGGACAACGCAGAUUCUGAGAACCUGUCCCCAUUUGACAGCAUUCCUGAUUCAGAGCUGCUUGUAUCUCCUCGGGAGAGCUCCUCUCUUCACAAGCUACUCACUCUCUCUCGGACACCCCCAGAACGUGACCUCAUCACCCCAGUUGACCCUUUGGGGCCUAGCACAGGCAGUAGCAGGGUUGAGAUGUCCCUUUCAGAUUCUCCUUGGGACAUCCCUCCACCUUUCUUGGAAACUUCUUCCCCUAAACUGCCUAGUUGGAGACCCUCAAGGUCAAGACCUCGAUGGGGUCAGUCCCCUCCCCCCCAGCAGCGCAGUGAUGGAGAAGAGGAGGAGGAGGUCGCCAGCUUCAGCGGUCAGAUGCUUGCUGGAGAACUGGACAACUCUGUCAACAGCUUGGACUUCCCCAUGCACUUGGCAUGCCCAGAGGAAGAAGACAACCCAACAUCAGCAAAGGUGGCAGCGUCGGCACCCGGGGAUGAGAGCAUCUCCUCCUUGAGUGAGCUGGUCCGCGCCAUGCAUCCAUACUGCUUGCCCAACCUCACCCACUUGGCAUCACUUGAGGAUGAACUUCAGGAACAGGCUGAUGAUUUAACCCUGCCCGAGGGUUGUGUGGUACUGGAAAUAGUGGGCCAGGCCGCCACAGCUGGUGAUGACCUGGAGAUCCCGGUUGUGGUGAGGCAGAUUCCUUCUGGGUCCCAGUCUGUGCUCUUGGAUGAGACUGCAGAGACCAGUAGUGCCCUGCAGCUACUCAUGCCCGCCAUGGAGGCUGAAACGGAAGCUGUUGUGCCUAAGGUUGCCCCUUGCCCUGAUCAAGAAUUAUCAUUGAACCCUGCCUGCUUAUUGGAGCCCAGGGAAAUCACGGAGUCACUGGCACCCAGGGUCCCUCAGAGCCCACCUUCCAAUUCGAUUCCGGGAUCUCAGAGAGUUCCCAGGAAGGGCAGGAAGAAGAAGAGUAAGGAGCAGCCAGCAGUCUGUUUGGAGGGCUAUACCAGGAGGCUGAGAUCAUCCUCUCGAGGACAGUCUGCUGUGGCUGCAGAGGCAAACUCUCAAGCAGGCACCUUACAGAAACAGCCUCGGGAAGGAGUUCAGAGAGAGGCUGAGGCUCCUCAGAGCAGGGGGAAGCCACGGGCAUGGGCUAGGGCAUGGGCAGCUGCCUUGGAGAAGACCGAGUCUGAGAACUUAGAGAGAAAUGCAGGACAGGGUAGUCCUGCUGAAGAAGGUGCUCUAGACCUCUACCCUGAGCUAGCUGAUACCAGCCAAGCCAACCCCAUUCUCUUACUAAAUGACUCUGCUCAGGCUGACCCCAUGCCCAUUGACUCUGUUGAAGCUGAUGCCGCUGCAUUUGGCCAUGCAGUAGCUGAUUGUAUACCUGUUGGCCAGGCUUCAGCUAGUACAGAGCUGGCUGGUCCUCUCCCUGUAGCCCCAGUGCUGACUGGCCCCAUCCUGGCUGACAGGACAGGAAUUGAACCUGUGGUAGCUGUUGCCACUUCAGAUAACUUGUCUCCAGCUGAUGCUAUCCCAGCUAACACAGUGGCAGUUGACCCUAUUCCAAAUGACCUGGCUCCAGUGGACCCUGUGCUAGUUAAGUGCAGACCAACCGACCCUAGACGGGCUGCAGUUGCAGCAGCUCAGGGCAAUCGUCUUUCUCUAGAGUCCUCAGACCAUCCCAGGGUCAUCACUCCUGAAGUCAAGAGUGUUGUAGGUCCUGCCAAGGUGGAAGGUAGCACCAGUGCUACAAGCCAAGAAGCCCGACCUCGGCCUCUCAGCCUGUCUGAGUACCGGCAGCGAAGGCAGCAACGGCAAACAGAGGCAGAAGGCAGGAAUUCUCAGCCCCCAGUUGGCAAGUGGCCUAGUCUCCCAGAGACCCCCACAAGACUGGCAGAUAUCCCUUGUCUUGUUCCACCAGCCCCAGCCAAGAAGGCCGCUCCACAGCGGAGCUCCGUAGCUAUACCAGAGACGUGUUUGGUGUCUGUGGGUGGCAGCUCUGCUUCCCCUAGUCCUGAGCCAUCUGCAAGCAGACCUAUGGUUUCAACUCACUCUGAACAGGUGCCAUCGCAUGAGAUGCCACUUCCAGUUAGACCGCCCCCUCCUGCCUUGCAGUCUGUGUCUUCUGCUGGGCCCAUCCCUCCCACAGUGCCCACUCCUUUGCCGUUUCCUCCAGGCAUACCUCCUGUGCUUUCUCUUCCUUCAAGUGGCCAUGGGGUCCCCAGUCUGCCCCCACCUUCCUUGCAACCGCCUGGACUUAGAGUGUCAAUGAGACAGAUACCACCUGACCCCUACACUCACUAUGCCCCUGUGCCACCCUGGCCUUGUUAUCCCUCUGUGUCCCCUUCUGGAUAUCCUUGUCUUCCUCCACAACCAACGGUGCCCAUGGUGUCUGGUACUCCUGGUACCUAUGCUGUACCCCCAACUUGCAAUGUGCCUUGGGUACCCCCUCCUGCCCCGGUCUCACCCUACAGCUCCAGCUGUGCCUAUGGGCCCCUAGGGUGGGGCCCGGGGCUGCAACAGCCUCCCUUCUGGUCUACUGUGUCUCCACCUCCUUUGUCUUCAGCCUCCACUGGAAGAGCUGUGGAACCCAGUAGUAAUCCAGCUGGUCCUGAAGACACUCUUCCUGUGCCAGUGACUUCUUCCCCAAGUUCUGGGUCAGCCAGCCCCAUAGCUCCACCUCCUCCUCCACCACCAAUAGAGCCUGCAAAGCUGGAGGAUCAGCCAGUCCGGAUAGAGCCUGCAAAGCUGGAGGAUCAGCCAAUCCGGAUAGAGCCUGGAAAGCUGGAGGAUCAGCCAAUCCGGAUAGAGCCUGGAAAACUGGAGGAUCAGCCAAUCCGGAUAGAGCUUACAAAGCUGGAGGAUCAGCCAAUCCGGAUAGAGCCUACAAAGCUGGAGGCUCAGCCAAUCCUGAUAGAGCCUACAAAGCUGGAGGCUCAGCCAAUCCGGAUAGAGCCUACAAAGCUGGAGGUUCAGCCAGUGCCGAUAGAGCCUGCAAAGCUGGAGGUUCAGCCAGUGCCUGUGUCUCCCCAACCAAAACCCAAAGUGUCUGCCCUGGUACAAAAUCCCCAGAUCAAGGCUUCACCGUGCCUGUCUGCUGUUGGGGAGUCUGUGUCAGAGAAGCUAAAACCUGAGGCGCAGGAGAACAGAACGAGGGAGAAGCCCCUUUCUGCAGCUGUCAAGGCUGUUCCCUUGCCCAGGCAGAACACUGUCGCAAAACUGCCUGCUGUCCAUCCAGCCCGUCUAAGGAAGCUGUCCUUCCUGCCCACUCCACGGUCUCAGGGUCCUGAGGAUGUGGUACAGGCAUUCAUCAGUGAGAUUGGAAUCGAAGCAUCAGACCUGUCCAGUCUGUUGGAGCAGUUUGAGAAAUCAGAAGCCAAAAAGGAGUGUCCUCUCCCGGCUCCUGCUGACAGCUUGGCUGUAGGAAACUCAGGCAGCAUUGACACUCCCCAGGAGAAGAGACCCCUAGACCGGUUACAAGCCCCAGAACUGGCCAACGUGGCAGGGCUCACCCCUCCAGCUACCCCUCCCCACCAGUUAUGGAAGCCCCUGGCUGCUGUCUCACUGCUGGCCAAAGCCAAAUCUCCUAAAUCUACCGCCCAGGAGGGAGCCCUGAAGCCUGAAGGAGUUACAGAGACCAAACACCCAGCUGCAGCCUGCUUCCAAGAUGGGGUUCAUGGCCCUAGUCCCGUCCAUGUGGGCUCUGGGGACCAUGACUAUUGUGUCCGAAGCAGGACACCCCCAAAAAAGGUGCCUGCCCUAGUCAUUCCAGAGGUGGGCUCCCGAUGGAAUGUCAAGCGCCAUCAGGACAUCACCAUCAAACCUGUCUUGUCAUUGGGCCCAGCUGCUCCCCUACUUCCAUGCAUAACUUCCCAGGAGCCACUUGAUCACAGGACUAGCAAUGAGCAGGCAGAGCCUUCAGCGCCUUGUCUUGCCCCAUCCACCUUGCUGUCUCCUGAGGCCUCACCCUGCCGGAAUGACAUGAACACUAGGACUCCCUCUGAGCCCCCAGGCAAACAGCGGUCAAUGCGCUGUUACCGAAAAGCCUGCAGAUCAGUCAGCCCCCCAGGUCGGGGCUGGCAGGGCCGCCGUGGCCGCAGCAGCCGGUCUGUCAGCUCUGGGUCCAACCGGACCAGCGAAGCAUCCUCAUCUUCAUCGGUGUCUUCCUCAUCCCGAUCCCGGUCCAGGUCCCUCUCCCCCCCCCACAAGAGGUGUCGAAGGUCUAGCUGCAGUUCCUCUGGACGUUCCAGAAGGUGUUCGUCCUCUUCGUCGUCUUCAUCAUCAUCUUCCUCCUCUUCCUCAUCAUCUAGUUCCAGAAGCCGUUCUCCCUCUGUGUCCCCUCGGAGGAGAAGUGACCGAAGGCGGUGGUACAGCUCUUACCGUUCGAAUGACCAUUACCAAAGGCAGAGGGUGCUGCAGAAGGAGCGUGCAAUAGAAGAGAGAAGGGUGGUCUUCAUUGGGAAAAUACCUGGCCGCAUGACUCGGUCAGAGCUGAAGCAGAGGUUCUCUGUUUUUGGAGAGAUUGAGGAAUGCACCAUUCAUUUUCGUGUCCAGGGUGACAACUAUGGUUUCGUCACUUACCGAUAUGCUGAGGAGGCAUUUGCAGCCAUUGAGAGUGGCCAUAAGCUGCGGCAGGCAGAUGAACAGCCCUUUGAUCUCUGUUUUGGGGGCCGCAGGCAGUUCUGCAAGAGGAGUUACUCUGAUCUUGACUCCAAUCGGGAAGACUUUGAUCCUGCCCCUGUGAAGAGCAAAUUUGAUUCUCUUGACUUUGAUACGUUGUUGAAACAAGCCCAGAAGAACCUGAGGAGGUAACCCUGGGCACUCCUCCCCCACCCAUCUUCUCUGGAGGUGCCCAACCUCCUUCACCCCCCUCCCCCAGUCUAGGGGGAGAGCUGCUAGUGUGGAAAUGACUGUUUUAUAAAGAAAUUGGAAAAAGUUAAAUAAAAAAUGUGUUAAACUGGGA